GCUGCCUCUCACUGGAAGGAUGCAGACGGUGAAAGAAGAGAUUCCACUACAGUUAAUUAAGGAGCACUCCGCACGUGCCUAUAAAUGCGAAGGGGCAAAUGAAUUCAGUGUCAGUGGGAGCAGCUCCUCAAGGGGAAGCAGUGAUAUUUCAAAGGUGGAAUUGAAAGAGCUGUAAAUCUAUUUCCUGACUCCGGCUUGACGGUCAUUUCUGAAUCACUGGACUGUUGCUAUCAAAGUGUGGAGCAGGGAGGCAGAGUCAGUGGAGUUCCCUCCUCGAGCUAAAUUCAGAGUUAUUGGAUGGGAUCAACAUGAGCAGCAUUAUGGAUGGAUUUAUGUCAUUCUGUUGAGAUAUUUAUACACUCUUUGUUGGGUUGCUCAGAUGUGUCCUGUCAUGUCCUGGCUGCUCUGCCUGUGCCUCUGGGUCAGUGUGACUGCCAUUCAGCUGUGUCAGGCCACUUUCUACGACACCAUCCAACAGCAUCAUGGGACGAGGCCCGGACGAACCACCAUCCACAUGAUCGAGGGGGGCACAUGUGAAGUAAUCGCUGCUCACCGAUGCUGUAAUAAGAAUCGCAUUGAGGAGCGGUCACAGACGGUCAAGUGUUCUUGUCUGCCAGGGAAGGUGGCUGGAACCACCAGAAACAGACCUUCAUGUGUCGACGCAUCCAUAGUAAUUGGGAAGUGGUGGUGUGAGAUGGAGCCUUGCCUGGAGGGGGAGGAAUGCAAGACACUCCCUGACAACUCAGGCUGGAUGUGUUACGCCGGCAACAAGAUCAAAACCACAAGGAACACACAGCCAUACACAACAUCAACAUAUUAACACUUUGCGGGAAGGACGCGAGGGAACGCCUCUGGUGGGAAAGGUUAAUCUGCAGCACUGUCACAGGACCAAUUAUCACAAAGACAAUGAACCUAUUGUUGCUUUAAGAAAUGUGAACACUUCUCAGAUCAAAGUGUAAAAAAAAAAAGUUGUAGAAUACAUAAAGCACAUCCUGCUCAAGGCUACUGAAAAUACUGACACUCCAAGAUGCCUGCAGGGAACUUCAUCAUAACCUUGUAAUGAAUAUAUUUUCAUCAUUUCUUUCCGACUUUGAGAUGGAACGUGAGCGUCUGUGCAUUUGGAUUAAUAUCUGGAGAGCAUCUGACGUCCCUCCUCAGACAUCAGUGAGACAGAUGUUCACGAUGAAGCGCCAAACAGGAGAGGAAUACAUCAAAGGACACGGGAUGAGCAAGUACAGUAGUUGACAGCCCUCAGGUUUUUCUUUUCUUUUUUUUUUUAAUAUCGUAAGAGGAAAAAUAUUGUACAUAAAUUGUUUGUCCUUUCUUGUGUACAUGAACUUUAUUUAUGGUGGUGAAAAACAUCCGAGUCCCUGAAUGCAGUCUUAUAUUUCCUCUUGUUACCCACAAAACCCAACACAGCCAAAGCUUGACGAGUUUAAAGGAUGUUAAGAUAAAUAGAUGCGUUGC